AUGGAUCCAGCAAAGGCACGCGCGCACAAGGCUGAGCCCGAAUUUUUUGAGUACAAUCAACGGGACACAAUCGUUUAUGCGCUCGGAAUUGGUGCGCGCGCAAAAGAGGAUAUUCGUUAUCUGUACGAGGGAGCCGAGGAUUUCACGGUUUUCCCCACGUAUGUCGUCGCGCCGGGCCUCAUGGGAUCUGGAGUAGCUGGAUGGCCUGGAAUCGAUUUCGAUUUGACUCGAAUCCUGCACGGUGAGCAGUACAUCGAGAUCUUCAAGCCAUUGCCCACAGACGCUAAACUACGUUCGGAGCGUCAAGUGAUUGACAUUCUCGACAAAGGAAAAGGAGCUCUCAUUUUGUCAAACAUCACAACAUUCAAUGAUCGAAAUGGCGAGAAAUUGUCCCUUCAACAAUUCGGAACCUUUCAGGUGGGUUCUGGCGGUUUUGGCGGCAAUCGAAGCUCUCCACACGAGUUCGCUCCCGCCGCAAUCCCACAGAGAAAUCCCGACAAAGUGAUCGAACAAAAGACGACGAUUGAUCAGGCAGCUCUUUACCGUAUGGGAUCCGGUGACUUAAACCCUCUACAUAUCGAUCCAAUGUUUGCUAAGAUGUCCGGCUUCAAAGAGCCGAUCCUUCACGGUUUGUGCACUCUCGGUUUCUCGACUCGUCACGUCGUUGAAGCCUUUGCUGACAAUGAUGCAAACAAGCUGCGUGCUGUGAAAGUUCGUUUCUCUUCUCCGGUACUCCCCGGACAGACUCUUCAAACGGAGAUGUGGCGAGAGGGAGAUCGAGUCAUCUUCCAGACAAAGGUGAAAGAGACGGGCAAAGUGGUGAUCGCGAACGCUUGGGCGAAACUCGAUGGUCUUGAUGGGAAAGCUCCAUCCACUAAUCAAUCAAAUUCAUCGGGAAUGACUCUGAAGUCGGCGGCACUCUUCGAUCAAAUCAAGGCAGAGCUACCAAACCACAAAGAAAAGGUUAAACAAGUCAAGGGAAUCAUCCUCUACGAGCUUACUGCCGGCGGGAAAGUUAUCGGCAAAUAUACAAUUGACUUGAAAAACGGCGAUGGAGAUGUGUACGAGGGAGAUGCCAAAGAGAAGGCUUCGGUGACGGUGACGGUCGAUGAUGAAGACUUCGUGAAAAUUGCCGCUGGAGAGCUUGAACCAACAAAGGCAUUUAUGACUGGCAAGCUGAAGGCAAAGGGAAACAUCAUGAUGCUCCAAAAACUUCAGGGUAUUCUCCAAAACGCUCAGAAAUCCAAAUUG